CAACGUGUAAACAUGGCGAAUCGUUAACUAUUUAUCCCUUUCAAUCUCCAUUAUAUUCUUUUCUUGUUGAGGAGCCUUGAAAUCUCACUAGUUAUAUUUCUUUGUUCUAGUCUUGUCUUCAUUUUUUCGCUCUCCCUCCUUUUUUGGUUGUUGUGCCACCAAAAAUGGCUAAUGUUACACCUAAUGGUUCGGUGCCACACAACCACGUAGGAGCAGUGCUUCCAACAAUUCCCACAAUCAAAAUUGAUGAGAAGCAAACCCUAGCCACCAGCGAAGACCACACCAGCAUUGACUAUUUACAAAGGGCACAGUGGCUUCGUGCAGCCGUUUUAGGAGCCAAUGAUGGGUUGGUUUCGGUUACAUCAUUAAUGAUGGGUGUAGGAGCUGUUAAGAGAGAUGAAAAGGCUAUGCUACUUGCUGGUUUUGCAGGAUUAGUUGCAGGAACUUGUGGCAUGGCAAUAGGAGAGUUUGUUGCUGUGUGCACUCAGUAUGAAGUUGAGCUAGGUCAAAUGAAGAGAGACAUGAACAUGACUGUGGGAGAGGAGAAAGACUUGGAGAUGGGGAUGGAGAAAAGAGCAUUGCCUAAUCCAUUGCAAGCUACUUUGGCAUCUGCAGUGUCCUUUUCAAUUGGUGCAUUGGUGCCUCUACUUUCAGCUGCUUUCAUAGAAAACUACAGGAAUAGGGUUAUUGUGGUUGUGGCAAUGGCUAGUUUGGCUUUGGUGGUGUUUGGAAGUGUGGGGGCUCAGCUGGGAAAAACUCCUAAGUUAAAAUCUUGUGUAAGGUUCCUUCUUGGAGGAUGGAUAGCCAUGUCCAUCACUUUUGGGUUAACUAAAUUAAUGGGUGCUAGCGCUUUAGAAUAAUAAUGAAUAAGGAUGUGGAUUUUAGUGACUAAUUACCACUCCAUUGUGUUUUAGGAACAAGAUUAGUUUGUCAGCUGAGAACCUUAAUUACUACUAGCUUUGUUUUCAAGUAGUUCUACAUUUCUUGUUUGAGAUAAGUCAAUAAGAAAAGUUAAAAAGAUUUA